GCCCGGGGGAGUGAGGGGAGCAUGAAUGGAGCAAAAUGGCGGAUCAUGUGCAGAGCCUAGCCCAGCUAGAGAUCCUGUGCAAGCAACUUUACGAAACAACUGACUCAGCUACGCGACUGCAGGCAGAAAAGGCUCUGGUGGAGUUCACCAACAGCCCAGAUUGCCUCAGCAAAUGCCAGCUACUGCUAGAAAGAGGAAGUUCAUCUUACUCGCAGCUGUUGGCAGCCACUUGUCUUUCCAAACUGAUUUCACGCACAAGCAACCCUCUGCCCCUGGAACACCGCGUUGAUAUUCGGAAUUAUGUUCUUAAUUAUCUUGCAACCAGGCCGAAGUUGGCAGCCUUUGUAACGCAGGCUCUUAUCCAGUUGUAUGCCAGAAUUACCAAGCUGGGCUGGUUCGACUGCCAGAAAGAAGAUUACGUCUUCAGGAAUGUCAUUGUGGACGUGACAAGAUUCCUACAGGACAGUGUUGAACACUGCAUCAUAGGAGUAACGAUUCUGUCUCAGCUAACUAAUGAAAUAAACCAAGUAAGUGCUUCAGCGUUCUUCAGUGAAGCGGACACAACACACCCCCUCACAAAGCAUAGGAAGAUCGCCUCCUCAUUCAGAGACUCCUCGCUCUUCGAUAUCUUCACACUGUCAUGCAAUUUAUUAAAACAGGCAUCGGGCAAAAAUCUGAAUUUGAAUGACGAGAGCCAGCAUGGUCUCCUCAUGCAGCUUCUGAAACUGUCCCACAACUGUCUGAACUUUGACUUCAUUGGCACUUCAACCGAUGAGUCAUCAGACGACUUGUGCACGGUACAAAUUCCAACCAGCUGGAGGUCAGCAUUUUUGGAUUCUUCAACGCUGCAGCUCUUUUUUGAUCUGUAUCAUUCCAUUCCUCCUUCGCUUUCACCCCUGGUCUUGUCAUGCUUGGUGCAAAUCGCUUCAGUUCGAAGAUCCCUGUUCAACAAUGCGGAGAGAGCUAAAUUCCUGUCGCAUCUAGUAGACGGAGUCAAAAGGAUUCUGGAAAACCCCCAGAGCUUGUCGGAUCCCAACAAUUACCACGAGUUCUGCAGGCUGCUGGCCAGACUGAAAAGCAACUACCAGCUGGGAGAGCUGGUCAAGGUGGAGAACUACCCCGAGGUCAUUCGAUUAAUAGCAAACUUCACAGUGACCAGCUUGCAGCACUGGGAGUUUGCCCCAAACAGCGUGCAUUACCUUCUGAGCCUCUGGCAGCGGCUGGCAGCCUCCGUGCCAUACGUGAAAGCAACAGAACCGCACCUGCUCGAGACAUACACACCCGAGGUCACUAAAGCAUACAUCACCUCUCGCCUGGAAUCUGUGCACAUCAUACUACGAGAUGGCCUGGAGGAUCCCCUGGAUGACGCUGGCCUCGUCCAGCAGCAGCUGGAUCAGCUGUCCACCAUCGGCCGCUGCGAGUAUGAGAAGACGUGCGCUCUGCUGGUGCAGCUCUUUGACCAGUCGGCGCAGUCGUAUCAGGAGUUGCUGCAGUCGAGCAACGCCAGCGCGAUGGACGUUGCAGUGCAGGAAGGGCGAUUGACCUGGUUGGUGUACAUCAUCGGCGCUGUUAUCGGCGGGAGAGUUUCUUUUGCAAGUACAGAUGAACAAGAUGCAAUGGAUGGAGAGCUAGUCUGUCGAGUACUGCAGCUGAUGAAUCUGACAGACUCUCGUCUGGCUCAGGCAGGAAAUGAAAAACUGGAACUGGCCAUGCUCAGCUUUUUCGAACAGUUCCGGAAAAUUUACAUCGGAGACCAGGUGCAGAAAUCCUCUAAGCUUUAUCGACGUUUGUCUGAGGUUCUGGGGCUGAAUGACGAGACGAUGGUCCUGAGUGUAUUCAUUGGGAAAAUAAUCACCAACCUGAAAUACUGGGGAAGAUGUGAACCUAUCACCUCCAAGACUCUGCAGCUUCUCAAUGAUCUGUCUAUUGGUUAUAGCAGCGUUAGAAAACUAGUGAAACUCAGCGCUGUUCAGUUCAUGCUGAAUAACCACACAAGUGAGCACUUCUCAUUUCUGGGCAUUAACAAUCAAUCAAACUUGAGUGACAUGCGCUGCCGCACCACCUUCUACACAGCCCUGGGAAGGCUGCUCAUGGUGGAUUUAGGUAACGGAGAAGAUGAGGAUCAAUUUGAACAGUUCAUGCUUCCUUUAACGGCAGCGUUCGAAACUGUGGCUCAGAUGUUUAGCACCAACACAUUCAACGAGCAAGAAGCAAAAAGUACAUUGGUGGGACUGGUGAGAGAUUUGAGAGGAAUCGCCUUUGCUUUCAACGCCAAGACCAGCUUCAUGAUGCUCUUUGACUGGAUCUAUCCAGCCUACAUGCCGAUACUGCAAAGAGCAAUCGGACUGUGGUACCAUGACCCAGCUUGCACUACACCUGUUCUAAAGCUUAUGGCAGAGCUGGUUCACAACAGGUCUCAAAGAUUACAGUUUGAUGUGUCAUCUCCCAAUGGAAUCCUCCUUUUCAGGGAAACCAGCAAGAUAAUUACUAUGUAUGGCAAUCGUAUUUUAACGCUAGGAGAAGUGCCGAAGGAUCAGGUGUAUGCACUAAAACUCAAAGGAAUCUCUAUCUGCUUCUCCAUGUUAAAAGCCGUGCUAAGUGGCAAUUACGUGAACUUUGGUGUUUUCCGACUUUAUGGGGACGAUGCACUAGAUAACGCCUUACAGACGUUUAUUAAGCUCCUCCUAUCAAUCCCUCACAGUGAUUUACUGGAUUACCCCAAACUCAGCCAGUCAUACUAUUCCCUGCUGGAAGUUCUCACCCAGGACCACAUGAACUUCAUUGCCAGCCUGGAGCCCCAUGUAAUCAUGUACAUUCUCUCAUCCAUCUCCGAAGGACUCGCGGCACUUGACACGAUGGUAUGCACAGGGUGCUGCUCCAGUUUAGACCAUAUAGUUACAUAUUUAUUUAAGCAGCUGUCACGCAGCACAAAGAAGAGGUCAACCCCGAUGGCACAGGAGAGCGACCGGUUCCUGCUCAUCAUGCAGCAGCACCCAGAAAUGAUACAGCAGAUGCUGUCGACUGUACUCAAUAUUAUAAUAUUCGAGGACUGCAGAAAUCAGUGGUCAAUGUCUCGUCCAUUGCUUGGUUUGAUUCUACUAAACGAGAAGUAUUUUGCUGAUUUGAGAAACAGCAUAGUGAACAGCCAACCUCCAGAAAAGCAGCAAGCCAUGCAUUUAUGUUUUGAAAAUCUUAUGGAAAGCAUUGAACGCAACUUACUGACAAAAAACAGAGACAGGUUUACACAGAACCUUUCAGUAUUUAGAAGAGAAGUAAACGACUCCAUGAAGAAUUCGACCUACGGUGUGAACAGCAACGACAUGAUGAGCUGACAUUCCCCAGACCCUGUCUGUGCAGAGCAGCGCUUCUUUGGUUUGGCUGAGAAGGGACGGGCGCGUUUCCAAAGCAUUCACUUCUGAUCUCCAACCCUGCCUUUUAAUCUUAAAGUCAGACUUCAGAGGUCAGGGUGCAAAGCUGUGCUCCGCUACCCAAGGAGGUGAAACCUCCCUCCCUCCCUCCCAAAAAAGGGCAGGGUGCUUUUGUUGUUUGGGGUCCACGGACUGAGGAGGAAUAGUGCCCUGCCGUCGCCUGCCUUGUAAAAAAUGUGUACAUUUUUUCAUAACAUUUUGAACAAUGUUUAUAACAAUUUCAAUUUGAAACAAAAAACGUGUGAUUGAAAUUUUUACAGAGUCUAGUAGUUCAACAAUGCUUAAGUGAGGGGUUGUGUAUGUGUGUGAAGAAUAUAAAGGUGAAUUAAGGUUUGAUGUUGGAAUUGAGAAUGAGUGAAAUUGGAUAGGGAAAUGUGGAGGGGUGAAGGAGGAGGAAGGGAUUUAAAAAAAAAAGUACAUUUCAGAAUGCUAACCUGUUGUAAAUGCCCAUGUACCUUUAUAGUUGAAGUGCAGCUGAAUUUGUUAGGGAGACCUUCCAUUAACUCAGGCCUUGGACCCUCAAUUCACAUGUCCAUCUGUUUUUAACCAGAAACUCGAGUUGAGGGUCUUACUAAAGAUCUUUCUAACAAGAAGUCACUGGGACUGUUAUUUAAAUCUUAAAUACAAAUAAAAAUAAAUACAAAUCACACUUUUAAUUAUUGAAUGCAUAUUUCUGAAAAAGAGAAUUAAGGUAGAUCUAAGAGGGAAAGAAUUAUAUUAGCAACUUGUACCAUUCUCCCUAACUGCUGCUGCUAAUUGUUUGUGAAGACUAGCUCUCCUCCUAACCAUGUCAACACUCAUGUUUUUGUUUUUUUCUUGUUCCCUGAUGUGAAUGUCUGUUUUGGUUGAUUGUGUGUUGGUGGAUUCAUUGAGUGAACAGAUAGCUGGCUGACUUGUAUGGGUGUCUGCUGCAUAUAGUGUAAGCAUUGUAACUGCAAAUAAACGCUGAUGGUUUGUACUUACAUGAUA